AUCGCGUUGAAGACGGCAUGAUUAGAUUCACAGGCUGAUUUUCCGCGCUCAUUCAAAUGCGUGACGGCUUCUGUGCAUUUUUUGAUCAGAAAACUCUUGUUGUUUUCGUUAAAGGCUUUCCUUCAUGUGAAAGCAGCAACACUCCCUUAUGUUAGAGGAGAAGCGAACAAUCCUAGUGACAGGCGGUGCCGGUUUUGUUGGAAGAUGGAUCGUCAAAGCUCUUUGUGAUCAGCUACCGGAAUUCAAGGUCGUAGUACUAGAUCGACAGAGGAACAAUGAUUGGAAUGCAGCUAUCGAACUUGUCCAAGUCGACAUCACUGACCCGGCUACGGUCCUUAGCUGCUUCAACACUGUCAAACCUAUGGCAGUUAUCCAUUCAGCAGGCAGUGUACCAAAUGUUGCGAAACGCUACGAUAAGAGCAGAAAGGCUUUCGAGUGCAUGUAUGCCGUCAAUGUCGGCGGAACGAAGAACGUCUUGGAAGCAGCCCGCGCUGUUGGUGUCCGUUAUUUCAUAUACACAAGCAGCGUCACCGUGUUGGUUGACGACCUCUCAGUUGAUCAUCCAAAUAUGACAGAAGAUCUUCCGACUGGGCAUGCCACAUUGCCAUAUGGGAGGACGAAGGGUAUUGCUGAGAAGAUGGUCCUUGACGCAAACAGAGAUGAUUUCAAAACAUGCGCCUUAAGGCCAUCCGUAGUAUUUGGCCCCGGGGAUGAGAACUGCAUACCUACGAUUCACUCAUGCAUUGCAAAGGGUGAAACUCCAUUCGUCAUCGGCGAUCCUUCCAAGUCACUCUACGAUUUCACAUAUGUCAGCAACGUUGCUGAUGCCCAUGUUCUGGCAUUGAAGAACCUUACCUCAACAGGCACGGCUGCGGGACGGCCAUUUUUCAUUACAAACGGGGAAUCCAUCUCGUUUCGUGGAUUUUGCCUUGCUAUCUGGCGCGAGUUCGGACAUGUGCCUAAAUGUGAACUAAAGAUACCAUUGCCUCUUGCUUGGUCCGCUGGAUUGGUGGCUGAGAUUACUACGUGGAUAACGGGCGGAGCGUCCUCUAUAAGCAGAGGCAGUGUGAGGGAGUUAACCAUGACCGCGUAUAGCAGUAUUGAAAAUGCAAAGAGAAUUCUGGGAUACGAGCCGAGAGUCAAGCUUGAAGAAGGAAUCAGGCUCAGUUGUGAGGACUUCGCCCGUCGUAUCGCUACGUCAACGAAAAGUGAAGGGAAAAAAUGAGUACAGACGCAUACAAUGCAGCACUCUCCGACGGUAAUUUGUCCUGCUACUUACGACCGUCGCGAUACAUUUAUUGAUUUGAGGCCAACGAUAAGAGACAUAUUCGCUCGUCGAAUAUGAAUGCAAAUUUGUGUGAAAUGAAACAGCCUAUCUAUUAGCUUGAUGGGUCAUAAAAUCUAUCUUGUAUAUGCUGUGGUAAGAAUAUACAGACUAAAUUUAUGUGGUUUUGAUCUAAGACACUCGAGUCCAUGUAUUUGUAAACAAGCAUAACCAUCACCUGCGUUCGGUAGAACUUAGGCAACAAU